AUGGAGCAGCAGGUGAGAAGUGUCCUGGGACCGGCCGCGCGGGGGCUUCUUAGCCUAGCGGUGCGGGCAGGCGUGUCUGGACGCGGGGGAGACCUGUCUGGGCCGCUUGGAGUGCCCCCCACCACCCAGCCCCGCCAGGAGAGCCUGGAUGCGUGGGGCCCCCGCCCCGGGACUUCUGGGUUCCGGGCUGCUCCCCCGCAAGCGAGGCCGGAGGAGCGCGAGGCCGCCCGGAGGGAGGCGGGAGGGGGCGUCGGAAGACAAAAGGCUCCCGGCUCCCCGGCUCCAAGGGGCCGAUCCCGACCUCAGCCCGCAGGGCGCGCGCUAGAGCCACGUUCCUGCGGCGAGAGCCAACGCAGGGCGCCGGUCUGCCCUCGGGCCUCGGCGGGCGGCUGCGUCCCGCCCCCCAGCUUCGUCCACCUCGGUGUCCCUACCGGGCCCCCUCCGGAACGCUGGAAGCGGAGGACACUCUGGCCAUCGGUGGCUUCCCACUUGAGCAUCAACUGGACGCUGGCUGCGGCCGGCCCAGGCCCGUCACUGUGGUUCCUCCGCCUGCCAGGACAAGGCGGCAGGGAUGGGAGGGGAUGGGACGGAGGCGGACAGCAGCUGACCCCGGCGUUCCGGGAGGGGUGCCCGUCCGGCGGUUCCCAGCCCAGGCUGGCGCACCUCCUCACCCCUCGGUGCCCUCUGCCCGCCUCCCCGGGCCGCUGCUUCUGCGACCGAGGGAUUAGCAUCUUUGUGAAGUCCCCGCAAACAAUGCCCCCCCUGUGCGGGGAGAUGAAAAGUCCGGCGCCGGGUGGCGGGGCGCGUUUGAAGUCCCCGAAAGGUGGGGCCGCGGGGAUCCGAGGGGGCGGCUGCGUGGAGAUGAAGGCAGGUGAAAAGUGCCGCGCGGCCUGCGCCCGCCUUCGCAGCGAUCCCAGUCCUGGGAUUCAGGACUGCCGUGGCGGGAGCCAGCCCCCCGGGAACCCAAGCGCGCUCUACUCCCCGCGCCCCAGGCCCCUGCCCCGCAACUACCGCCCUCCGGCCGGCUCCCGGGCAGGCCUCCGCCCGAUGCGUCGUCCUCAGAGCUUGGAACCCCAGGACGGCCGGGCUCAGUGCCCGCCGAGGAGCCCCUUUGCGCCGGCCUGGGUGCUUCCACCGAGAUGCGCCGGCCCCGGGCUUCCAGGGACAGCGUGGCAGGCACUCCGUUACCCCCUCGGCGGUCAUGAGACUCCCUCUCCAACCUUCAGGGCUCUUCCGAAAAGGAACCAGGACCCCUGCCUGCGCCCUUGGACGCCGAGACCCUGGCUCAGGAGUCUAGGCCGACGUGGGGUGCCAGAAACCUGGGUCUCCCGGCGUUCGCAGCCCGCGCCGGAGGUGCGCCGUCGGCGCGUCUGCGCCGGGAGCCCCGGAGCUCCCGGGCGGCGCAGGAGCCCCCAACCCACCCAACCCUGGUCCCCAGAUCCCACCCGGGCUCGGCUCGAGGGCCACGCGGCCGUGGCUCCGCGCGUUUCUCCGCUCUGGGGUGGCGAGGGCGGCGCAGGUGUGAGGCCAAUCGGCGGCGGCUCCAGGCCCCACGUGAGCGGAGCCGGGCCCGGCAGCAGGCAAAAUGUGAAUGAGAAAGAAGAGCGCGAUUUAAAGGUGCUGGCGGCGCCCGCGGAGGACAAGUGCGCCGGCUUCGCGCGCGCUCCCCCAGCGGCUCGCCGGAGGCGACCGACAGCCGGCCAGACAGACGGACGCGCCGACGGCUGA